CAAAGUCCAGAGCCUCCAAAUUUCAAAAGACCGGCUUGGUGGAAGCUUGCUUGGGCCUGCGUCCUUCACCUGGAGCCGAGUGUAGAAUUAUGAACGGAGCUUGGAAGACGCGCAUUCUCGGCGGUUGACGCCCGCCUGAUGCCUAAGGUGUCUAUUGUGGCCUGAGGCAUCAAGGCAGCGAUGCGUUACUAACCAACACGGCUCGACCGCUGAAUAUCGCUAUCACCCACCUAUCCUCACUGGUCUAUCCACAUUGUCUACUCCUCCACUACAUGCAUUUGAGAUCGACAUUUGGCACGCUACAUUGAUGUCGGACCGGCCCUCGCGUCCGUCCAGUUCCUACCUGGAGCCCCCGAAGAAGAGCGUGGAGUUUGAAGACGUAGGGGCGCAGGAAACUGCCUCCAAUAGCGACGAUGACCACUUUUCCGAUGCCAGCGAAGGUCGUGAUUUCGCUCACUCGCACCCGCCGUCCGGUCGCGCGUCACCCGUUCCACGCACGCGAGUAGAGAAAGUGGACGAUGAGCCCCGGUAUGGCGAGGUACCAGGCACUACUGCUUACGAAAAACGAGGGCAUGAUGCAGUGCCCGAUGAAAUUGAGGUCAUUCCUGAGGGGACACGCAGCCGAAGCCAUUCGGCCGUGAGGGAUUUGGAUCGCCCUGUGACGCCAGGAGGCACGCCGAUUCCCCGAACACUCGUUGAAAAGGUGGACCCGACGUCACCUAGCCUUGGUGAAAUUCCGGGGACGGCAGCGUACAAGCAGCGGAAGGCAGAUGCGGUGCCGGACCUUGUUGUUCGUGCUGGGGAUUUCUCUGCUGCCCAGUCUCCAUUGCUUGAGCCUCAGAGAAGCGGAACAGCGACUCCUGUGCCAGAGACGCGUCUGUCUCGGGUUGAUUCGAUUCCGACCGAUGAACUGUCGUCGCGUCUCCACGCACACCAAAGACAGCCCAGUGAUGCAAUGCCCGACUCGGAAGAGACGAUCGGGGAUGUAUCCAAUCACGUCCGAUCACAACCUUGCAUAGAAGAGAGUGGCACUGAGGAUGCUGAUGGUUUGAAUGAUGUUCAAGAUAAUGACGACGACUUCGAUGAGUUUGCUGAAGAACAAGAUCAGCCCAUGGAUGAUGAUUUCGGAGACUUUGACGAUGGGUUUCAGGAACCUGGCGAGGAUGUGGUCGAGGAAUCACCCAGGACACCACCAGCGCCCAGUCUUCCGCCGGUUCCCCAACUUGUAGACUUUGACACCUUUACCUCGCAGUCCGACCUCUUCGCCGCGCUGGACGACCACCUGGAUCUGCUUUACCCUUCCUCCCAGGAUCUCAGCAGCCUGCCAGCCAUCGAGCCCAUCCCCGACCAAACCGCAAUCUUCACGACGGACCGGUCCCUGUCGCUGUGGUCACAGCUCGUGGCGCCGCCGCCCCUCCAGCCGCAGAACUGGGUCAAGUCGCGCAUCCGCCGGCUCUUCCUCGUCUCGCUGGGCGUACCCGUCGACCUGGACGAGAUCCUCCCGGCCUCGAAACAGAAGAAACUCGUCCUCCCCUCGAUCAAGCUUGAUGAAAACGACGGCGUGGCUGCGUCUCCCGCCGGCGCCAGCGGGCCCGGCCCUCACCCGCGGCCUUCCUCCUCCAGCCAGGCGAAGAAAGACGGCGGGCCGGCGGCCGCCCUCGCCGGAGAAUCAGACACCCCGCGCAGCUCAGGCCAACUCAGCAGACAACACCACCCCCACCAUAGGUCGACAACAUCGUCUUCGAGGCGGCGCGCGGCCUCCCCCGCGCCAGAUCUGGAUCUCUCGGCUGUACGCCGGCUGUGCGCGACCACCGACGCCGCCCUCGACGGCUUCACGGACUCGGAGCUCCGCGACCAUCUCCAGGAGCUGGAGCGGACAACCCUUCGCGCAAGCACGGUGCUGGAGUACUGGUUGAAGCUGCGGGAUGGGUUGCUCGGGGAGAAGGAGGCGUUUGAAGGCGUGAUUGAGAAUCUGGUCAGUCAUGCACGGAGAGUGAGAAAGUAAACAGACUCUCUCUCUCUCUCUCUCUUAAAAAAGUAUUCUUGGUUCAGGUUCUGGCUUAGUAUAACUAGUCGGUCUCUGGUAGGGCUGGCCUCUACUAUUUUAGAGAAAAGAGUCGAAUACAUUAAUAAAGAAUCAU